AUGGAUCCCGCAGAGUUGGAGCUGUUGCUGAAUCACUUGCAGCAAGCACGUACGUUUUUCGAGUUUGGCACAGGUGCGUCAACGCUACAUCUCGCCAACCGCAGCCGCCAUCUUUAUCGGAUGGUCUCGGCAGAUCCAGACAAGCAGUGGUUAAACAAAGUGCGAAACCACCCAUGGCUGCGGAAUGGCUCAGAGCACGCUCCCAAGAGGAUGCGAUUGCUUCACACGCACAUUGGAAUGAUUUCGGGUUUUGGAUUUCCUGUCCAAAAUCUUUCGCGCUGCUUGCACAGAGGCCGCUUGUGCCGACGACCCGCAGCAAAACAAACAAGGUCAGAGUGCAACAAUGAGAUGCGCUGCAUGAGAAAUGGAGUUGGUUUCCGCAAUUGGUGGCCUUCCUUCAGCCAGCUAGUUCUGGAUGCUGCCAUGCAUUACAAGCAUGGCUGGGAUGUUGUCCUGGUGGAUUCACGAUUUCGUACAGCCUGCGCGCUGAAGAGCCUUCUGGCAAUUAAGCCUGAGGAUAUUUCUCGGUCAGUUGUCAUGAUCCAUGACUAUUCUGGGCGACGGCCAUUUUAUGGCGAGAUUGAACGGUUUGCAAACCUUGAGGAAACUGCAGCUACACUUGCAGUGUUUCGCAAACGGCACGACGUGGACCCGGCUGCGCUGCAGAAUGCAAUCCGAGCUUACGAGUACGAUCCGAUGUGA